CAAUAUUUAGAAAUAAAACUGAACACUCUAUAUCUUGAAGCCGGUGAGAGAGGAAAAAUGAAUAUUGUUAAAGAUAAAGUUAUUUAUUCUCCCCUCCCACCUAGGCCUUCACCUCCUUAUCAACCUUAUAUAGAGAGGCUGCUGGCUGAGGUAAGCCAAGAAAUAGAAGAAACUGGGGAUAGGGAUUGGAUUGUUGAUACCGAGACAGGGCAGUCUCAUACAAUCUCUAAGAUAGAACCAGUGAGUAGGAGAGUAGCAGGGGCUCUUCACAAUCUCGGGUUUGGACCAGGAGAUGUUCUUCAGACAGGAUAUUCCUCAUGCUUGGACUUUUACUGGCCAGCAUUUGGAGCUUGGUUGUGUGGAGGAGCAGUGAGUCUAGCUGACCCAAACUUAUCAUCAACUGCAAUCAAGCAACAGAUUAAGGACACAAAAGCCAAAAUUAUUGUAUGUAGUAAGCAAUACCUUGACAAAUAUUGUGCAAUCAAACAAGAACUUAGAGAAGAAGAUGUUCAUUUUAACCUCUCUGUGCUGGAUGAAGAAGAUGGAAAUCUGCCAGCUGAUGUCAAAAGCUUUCAAUCCUUUCUGAACUUUGAUGGAGAUAUCUCCCACAAUGAGAAGCUAGAAUAUAUUCCAGACAGCGUAACUAUGGUUCUCUGGAGCAGUGGAUCUACAGGAAACCCAAAGGGUAUUCUUCAUUCACAUCGUACAUUACAAACAAUUAGUCUAGCAAAACCUUCCAGUCCAAAGAGCAUUCUAGUGUCAGCUAUUAUGUUCCAUAUUGGAGGCUUCACUUUAAACCUUUCUAUUGCACUAUUUGGAGGCACUACUAGCUACUUUAUUAAAGAAAAGUGUUUCUCAGGAGAGAACUGGUUCAAAAUUGCAGAGAAAUUUCAACCAGAGCAUGUGUACAUAGGGGUCAGUCAGUUUAUACAGGUUAGCAAGGCUAAGAAUGUAGACAGAAACUUGUCAGGGGUAAAGAUGAUAACACCUCUUGGUGGCGCUGUGUCUCCUGAGUGCUGUGAAAAAGUUCUAAGCAUGGUGGGGGACCAGGCUAAGAUUAUAGAAAUGUACGGGUCAACUGAGAUAGUAUUUCUUGCAUUUAAGCUAAACAAACACCCAAAGUUUGGAUUUCUGGGUACCCUAGGUUCUGGGGCAGAGAUGUACAUCCAAGAUAUAAAAACUGGAGAGAAACUGGGUCCCAGAAAGGAAGGAAAAAUGAUGGUAAGGACAAGGUCCAUGAUGAUGAACUAUUUGAACCGUGAAGAAGAAAAUCGUGAAUUUUUCAAUUCUGAUGGAUUUGGGUAUGUUGGAGAUGUUGGCUACUAUGAUGAAGAGGGCAACAUAUUCUUCUGCUAUAGAAUGAGAGAAGUUCUAAAGGUUGACAACUACUGGUUUGGACCUGAAGAGAUAGAGAACUUGAUGGAGGCCUUGGAUGACAUCAAUGAAGCUUGCGUCUGGGGAGAGUAUGACAUGAAUACUGGGAAUGACCAGGUCAGCCUUGGUAUCGUUCUUCAGGCAAACAAAGAAGAAUGGACAGAGACUAGAAUUAAUGAAUAUAUUACUUCAAAUCUUCCAAUUACCAGGAGAAUCACUGGAAAAAUUUACUUAUUGGAUAGAAUUCCUCACAAUCCUCAAGGGAAGAAACUCAGAAGAGAAAUGAAAAAUUAUGUACAAAAGAUAGAAAAUUGAUUAACCCAAACUUUUAAUAUACAGUCAUAAUAUUUAUUUA